AUGAAACUCCUUCUGCUAGUCACUCUGCUCACAGGCGCUACAGCACACGAUGUCAAGCGUCAGGUUCUGUGGCAGUUCAGUAAUGUGAUGGAGUGCACCAUCCAAGGGAGUCAUCCCUUGAAGGAUUACAACACCUAUAGCUGCUUCUGUGGUUCAUACACUCCAGUGGAUGAGUUAGACAGGUGCUGCAAGGCUCAGGACCACUGCUAUGAUCAGGCCAAGAAGCUGGAAAUCUGCACAUUCCCACACAGCCCCUACACCACCCCCUACUCAUUCUCAUGCUCUGGGAAUGAGGUCACCUGCAGUGAUGAAAAUGAUGCCUGUGAGGCCUUCAUCUGCAACUGUGACCUUCAGGCUGCCAUCUGCUUCUCCAAGGCUUCAUACACCAAGAAGAACAAAGGGAUUCACUGUUAG